CCUUCUUCCAUGUGCUUCGACCCGAUUCCGCUCUUCUUCCGACAAUGGCGACCCGUAAAGAACCCGCAGCUUCGGCUUCCAGUCCUCUGGAUUCCCCGGUGAAGCAGAUCCAGAUCGACGGGCUGGUGGUGUUGAAGAUCAUCAAGCACUACCAGGAGGAGGGCCAGGGCAGUGAGGUGGUGCAGGGGGUGCUGCUGGGCCUGGUGGUGGAGGACCGGCUGGAGAUCACCAACUGCUUCCCCUUCCCUCAACACACCGAAGACGACGUCGAGUUCGAUGAAGUCCAAUACCAGAUGGAGAUGAUGAGGAGUCUCCGACACGUGAACAUCGACCACCUUCACGUCGGCUGGUAUCAGUCCACGUUCUACGGCUCUUUCGUCAGCCGGGCUCUCCUGGACUCGCAGUUCAGCUACCAGCACGCCAUCGAGGAGUCUGUGGUGCUCAUCUACGAUCCCAUAAAGACGGCGCAGGGCUCUCUGUGUCUGAAGGCCUACAGGUUGACCCCCAAACUGAUGGAGAUCUGCAAGGAGAAAGACUUCAGUCCGGAGGGGCUGAAGAAGGCGUGCGUUGGCUUCGAGCACAUGUUCGAGGAAGUCCCCAUCGUCAUCAAGAACUCCCAUCUCAUAAACGUGCUCAUGUGGGAGCUGCAGGAGAAGAGUACGGUGGCUGACAAGCACGAGCUGCUCAAUCUGUCCAGCAGUAACCACCUGGAGAAGAGCCUGCAGCUGCUGAUGGACCGCGUGGACGACGCCAACCAAGACAUCGUCAAGUACAACACGUACUGCCGUAACCUCAGCAAGCAGACCCAGCAGAAGCAGCAGUAUCUCCAGAGGCGUCAGCAGGAGAACACGCAGCGCCAGAGUCGCGGAGAGCCGCCGUUACCCGAGGAAGACAUCAGUAAGAUGUUCAAGCCGCCUCAGGCUCCUCCUCGCAUGGACACACUCCUCAUCGCAGGACAAAUCAACAACUACUGUCAGAACAUUAAGGAGUUCACCUCGCAGAACCUGGGGAAGCUGUUCAUGGCCGAGGGUCUUCAGGGUCACAACAGCUAAAGAGAGAAUCCAGCCUUUUCCAUCUCUACACACACACACACACACACACCGUUAUGAUGAGCUCAAGGAGAGAUCCUCUACAGUUUUUGUGCGAUUUGUACAAUAAAAAUGUAUGCAUCUCUCAUAACGGUC